AUGAAUUAUAAGAAGCUCUUCUUGAUCAUCGCCGUGAUCAUCUCACCGGCUUUGUUUCCAGCGCUGGUCCAGCCUCGGCAGGUGAAAUGUGACCGGUUGGGUGGCAAUUGCAUCGACGGUGGAGAAGAAUUGAUCAUGAAGAUGAGAUCAGGUUUGGAUGUUCGCCGUAUGAUUCUUCUUGAAUUGGCGUCGUCGAGACAUAUAAGCUACGAUGCAUUGAAGAAGGACGUCCCAGAUAAGCGACGACGUGCUAAACCGGAUAACCCACAUCGACGACGUUGUGAUGUCCAUUCAAAUUGUUACCGGUUUACGAAUUAA